UUCUCUUUUGAAAACCAAACAAAUCAAAUAUAUACCACUAGUUAUAGUCAUGAUAGCAAGAAUCAUUUUUUGCAUUGCAAUUUUAUUAGCAAUACUUUCAGUAAUUCUCCUUGCAAUAUUCUCACCAAUACCUAAUCAAAACAAAUCAAAAAAUCCCCCUUGGGUUGAUUUAUCCCUCUAUAUUCAACAACCUCGAAUCCCCUCUUCCAAUUUCCCCUCUCAAAAAGCGCCAACAGACUUUGGCGCUUUAAUUUUCCAUCGCCUUCUUACUGAAGGCCCUGAAAACACGUCUCGUAUAGUUGGAAAAGCGCAAGGUUUCAUCAUCCCAAUUCAAGAUUUCGCAAAUUCCGCGUUUAAUAUUAUUUAUCUUACAUUUAAUUCAAAAGAAUUUAGUGGGAGUCUUAGUGUUGAGGCUAAGAGUUUGACAAAUGAUAAUAACAUGUUGAAUGUUGUAGGUGGUACUGGCUAUUUUGCCUUUGCUCGUGGUCUAGCUAUUUUUGCACAAACAAAAAUGGAAAAUAUUAAUUCUGAUAAUUUAGAAGCUAAUUAUUAUCAAUUAAAGCUUCAAUUGAAAUACCCUAAUAAAUCCAAAACAAUUCCAAGAUGAAUUAUUAGCAACUUGUUAAAUUA